CAAUAAACUUCUCCAUCACCUUCGCGGUCACUUCCAGGUCAAAUCACCUAACUCAAUACCGCACCACAUCAUGAGCGCUUUCCGCUGAACAAGAAUUAACAAACCAGAUAUGGAGGACAGAUAUGCUUUCUCUGGCUCCGAGAGUGGCAGUGGUUCUGCAAGGAAUAACAUGCCUUCUGCGUCAUCGUCAGAGAAAGAAAUAGAAAAUGAAGCUAAUGACCAUCUACGUUCAAGGGGAGGGGCAGAAUCAUCAAAGUCUUUCGCUGAGGUUGAUCGCAUAUUCGAGGAGAAUGAUGUUCGACCCGGUUACGACAUGCUGAAAAAGCGUUACGACGCUGGUGAGAAAUCGUCUGAUUUGCUUUGGCGACUUGCCAAAUAUUGUGAUAAAAUGGCUUUACAAAGCGCUGAUAAAGGGAGAAAAAAGGAGCUGAUUUUCGAAGGAAAGUCCUAUGCUUUGGAGGCUGUACAAGCCAACGAAAACGAUUUUCAAGCAUUGAAGUGGGCAGCAAUUUUGACGGCAAGAUCUAUUGAUUAUCUUGGAGCUAAACAACAUGCACAAGAAGGAGCAAAGUUGAAGGAACUCCUAGAUAAAGCCCUAGCCAUGAACAGUAAAGAUCAUGUGCUCAUAUAUUUACGAGGCAGAUUUUCGUACUCAGUUGCUAGCCUCUCUUGGAUAGAGCGAAAGUUUGCCGCAAUCUUUUUUGGCACCCCUCCCACUGCUACUAUGGACGAAGCUUUGGUUGAUCUGCUAGCCGCUGAAAAAGAGGAACCCCACUGGAUAGAAAAUCUCUUCUCCAUCGCUCGCACAUAUCACGCAAAAAACGAUAAGGAAAAUACUAGGAAAUACUGUGAGAAAUGCCUCGCCUGUACGCCGAAGAAUGAAGAUGAACGUGGUCGACAGAAUGAAGCAAGGAAAUUCGUAGUUAGCUCGUGGCUUAGCGAACUCAACAUUGUGACCCAACACAAAUUGAGCAAUCAUCAAUGCACUGUGCCCCAACUGACUAAGUCCGCAGCUGCGUAUUUAGGUGUAGAGGACGAAUAUGCUUUCUCUGGCUCCGAGAGUGGCAGUGGUUCUGCAAGGAAUAACAUGCCUUCUGCGUCAUCGUCAGAGAAAGAAAUAGAAAAUGAAGCUAAUGACCAUCCACGUUCAAGGGGAGGGACAGAAUCAUCAAAGUCUUUCGCUGAGGUUGAUCGCAUAUUCGAAGAGAAUGAUCGUUACGACGCUGGUGAGAAAUCGUCUGAUUUGCUUUGGCGACUUGCCAAAUAUUGUGAUAAAAUGGCUUUACAAAGCGCUGAUAAAGGGAGAAAAAAGGAGCUGAUUUUCGAAGGAAAGUCCUAUGCUUUGGAGGCUGUACAAGCCAACGAAAAUGAUUUUCAAGCAUUAAAGUGGGCGGCAAUUUUGACGGCAAGAUCUAGUGAUUAUCUUGGAAUUAAACAACGUGUCCAAGAAGGAGUAAAGUUUAAGGAACUCCUGGAUAAAGCUCUAGCCAUGAACAGUAAAGAUCAUGAGCUUGUACAUUUGCGAGGCAGAUUUUCGUACUCAGUUGCUAGCCUCUCUUGGAUAGAGCGAAAGUUUGCCGCAAUCUUUUUUGCCACCCCUCCCACUGCUACUAUGGACGAAGCUUUGGUUGAUCUGCUAGCCGUUGAAAAAGAGGAACCCUUCUGGAUAGAAAAUCUCUUCUCCAUCGCUCUCACAUAUCACGCAAAAAACGACAAGGAAAAUACUAGGAAAUACUGUGAGAAAUGCCUCGCCUGUACGCCGAAGAAUGAAGAUGAACGUGGUCGACAGAAUGAAGCAAGGAAAUUGUUAGACAAAUGCUAA